ACCUGUAAAAGCUCUCACUGAAAGAAAAAAAGAGGAGAUGAGCAGCAGAGAAAGCAAAGAAGCGAUUCGGCAUCCCAAGCUGCCUUCCCCGAGCAGGCAAGUAAACCCAGAGCACAUCCCACCGGCAAAGCCCCCAAAUCACCACCGCGGGAUCGCGCAGACCAAGAAUCCGAGCUCGACCCAUGGCGGAUCAGGACGCGGCCGAGCCGGGCCCGCCGGCGUGGCCCCCCUGGACCUCCCUCCUGCUGCGGGCCAUGAGCAAGCGCCGGACCUGGGCGGCGCUCUUCCUCGCCGUCUACGCCGGCCUGCUCUCCUCCUCCUGGAGCCUACUGGGGUCCGUGCGCGCCUGGUACUACACGGCGGCCGCGGGCGGGGCGGCGGCCCCGGCCGGGGUGUGGCCGGCCGCGCUGUACGCGUCCGUGAUGUACGGCGCCGUGUUCGGGCUGCUGUCCAUGGGCGCCGCGCUGGCCGUCGCGGCGCCGGCCAUGCUGGUCACCUGGAUCACCGUGCUCGUGCUGCUCGCCUUCGCGGGGAAGCCGCGCCGGUCGCUGGUCGCCGAGGGCCGGCGCGCCACCGCCGACAUCGCGCGCCUCGCGCUCCGCGUGCUGCUCUGCGAGGGCAACGCCGUCGCCGCCGUCUGCGCCGCCGCCAGCUUCGCCGCGCUCCUCUUCGGCCGCCGCGACGGCGACGGCGACGGCGACGCCCGCGGCUGAUCUGACGCGCGCGCGCUCCCCGUCCCCUUCUUAUUUCCCACUGUCUUUUUUUUUUCUCUUCCAUUUCCCCUGCAGCUAGUUUCGCCUGUGUAGUCCUGUCUGCCUGCCCGGAUGCAGCCGUUGUAUACCAGGAUUUUACUUCAUUUUUUGAGAAACUGAAGUUCUUCUGUUCGUAGUAGAGCUUGUGUUGUCAGUAA